CCAAACAGCAAAUAAUGUGCGCUGCACAACCUUUGGACGAAUCUAUGCACUGAUUUUGACGUUGUGAGAAAGCACUUACUUCAGUUUUCAAAAUCCAAUGACUCCACAAUAUUGGAAAAACACACAUGUUCCCUUCAUAGAUUUCACACUUCCUAUAUGUAAAAAAUAUACUCAUAUAUGUGUGAAAAUUCUCUAUUCUUUUAUUUGGGUCGUUUUCAGUGUUGUGGAUAGUGCACUGGUAGGAUUUCGGACACCCCAUUUUCUUCGACUGUGUAACUUCAAGAUUGGCUGAAAUUCUCAUGCUUUUUAUCAUUGCAGUGCCAUGAUAAAAGUUCUUAUUGUCUUUACAGUUGGAUUCACUUCUAUGGUCCUAUGUCAAAGUGGUGUUUUGGUUUAAAAGCACAAAUUCUAUAUUAUCCACAAGGAAAUCGAGCAUUUUGUGACUUUUGGUACCUGGGGUUUCUGAUAAUUGUUUUUGGUGAUUUGGGUAAUUUUUUUCUUUUUUUGCCAUUUGGUUAUGUGUUUCAGAAAGUGUUAGAAAUUUGCAGCUGAGUUCUAAACCAAACUCUUGAGUAAAGUGGGAACACAUAUUUUAGAGUGAAAGAUUCAAUCUUGUUUUUGGUUUCGAAAUCUUUGGUGUUUAGUUUGGAGAGUGGACUGCAAUUGCUAUAUGUAUUUGUGGAGGUGAAUUGUUGUGGAUACAAAAUUGUAGAAGCAAUUUAGUGCAUAUUAGGGGAAUCUUGAUUUGAGAAAUCAUUUAGAGCAAGUAGUAGAGUUCUUGGACUGCUGAUACAUCAUUGAUGUAUGCAGAUUUUGAUAAUUAUAUAGUAAAUGGUGUGAAUUUAUUUAGCUUUUGGUGGUGGUGAGAUGUCAAUUGUUUCACCUCCUCCAACUCCAAGUUCUACAUCAUUUGCAGCUCCACCAACUGCCUUUAGUUCAUCAUCUCAGCUUUCUUCUCCAGCACCUACAUUUCAGCCCAAUAAUAACUCAUCAUCUAUUGCAUCUCCUCCCCCUAGCAGUUUACCCCCACAAUCUGCUCCUCCAAUAAAUGCAACAUCUCCACCUAUAGCACCAGCACCACUGCCUCAAUCACCUCCUCCAACAAAUAUAACAUUGCCUCCUCCUGCCUCAUCUCCACCUCCACUCACUUCACCAACACCUCCUGUAGAAUCUGCUCCUCCAAUUAGUCCUCCACCUCUUCCUUCGUCGCCUCCAUCUACACCUUCCGGUCCACCUCCAACUUCUAGUCCGCCGCCUAGUUCAUCUCCACCUCCAUCAUCCAGCAAACCAAGUAGUCCACCACUACCUCAACCCGAACCAACUAGUCCUGCAAGUUCACCUCCAUCAUCAUCGGCGCGUCCCCCUGCAUUGUCACCUCCUCAUUCAUCAAGACUUCCCCCUGCAUUGUCACCUCCAGCACCUGUGCAAAAUCCAAAAACUCCUCCAGCACCACGAUCACCGGGAAAUCCAUCUCCUGAACCUCCAAAAAGCUCAUCACAUUCACCACCUUCAUCCAAGACGCCUGCCAAAUCACCUCCAUCUAAACCACCACAAAGUAGUCCAGAUUCCCCAGCCUUAGUCCCUCCAAAAAAUUCAUCCCCUUCACCAGCUUCUUUACCUCCUAGUAACUCAGCAUCCUCUAGUUCCCCACCUACAGACUCAUCAUUACCUACACCUAUAGCACAAUUAUCACCACCUCAAACAUCCAAUGGUGCACAACCUUCUUUUACCCCUCCUUCACCAUCAUUUCCUUCAGGUGACGCUACUGCGUCCAGAAACAAUUCGACAGAUAGAUCAAAUGCUACAGGAGAUGGAGGAAUUGGCACUGGAGGAUCAGUUGCUAUUGGUAUCAUACUUGUGCUUCUGUUGCUUGGUAUUAUUGGAGCUGCGGGAUGGUGCAUUUGGAAGCGAAAGAAAAAGGAUUCAGGCCUGAAUGGUGGUUAUAUAUUGCCAACAACUCUCGUCUCCUCUCCAAAAUCAGGUUCUGCCUCGUUAAAGGUUCGAGAAUCGACACCUGUGAUUGGAAAUGGAGCUGGCUCUAAUAUUGUCAACUCUCCAGGAAAUGGUGGUGGAGUAGGCCAUUCAAAACCAUGGUUUACUUAUCAAGAACUACUUGAGGCUACAAAUGAAUUUUCUGAGCAGAAUCUGUUGGGUGAGGGUGGAUUUGGUUCUGUGUACAAGGGAUGCCUAGUAGAUGGGAGAGAUGUAGCAGUAAAGAAGCUUAAUAUUGGUGGGAGCCAGGGGGAGCGUGAGUUCAGAGCUGAAGUUGAAAUCAUUAGUCGGAUACAUCAUCGACACUUGGUUUCACUUGUAGGUUAUUGCAUUUAUGAGAGUGGAAGGCUCCUUGUUUAUGACUAUGUCCCCAACGACACCCUAUACUUCCAUCUUCAUGGGCAAGGAAGACCUGUUAUGGAUUGGCCAGCACGUGUUAAGAUUGCUGUUGGUGCAGCCCGUGGAAUAGCUUAUCUGCAUGAAGAUUGCUGUCCUCGUAUCAUCCACAGAGAUAUCAAGUCGUCUAACAUUCUUUUGGAUAUUAAUUUUGAGGCUCGGGUUUCUGAUUUUGGAUUAGCUAAAUUAGCUCAGGAUGCAAAAAGUCACGUUACAACGCGUGUUAUGGGUACAUUUGGAUACAUGGCGCCUGAAUAUGCAUCCAGUGGAAAGCUGACUGAAAAAUCCGAUGUAUAUUCAUUUGGAGUUGUACUUCUGGAGCUAAUUACUGGACGGAAGCCUGUGGAUACAUCUCAGCCUUCGGGGGAGGAAAGUCUAGUUGAGUGGGCUCGACCUUUGCUUAGUAAUGCGCUUGAGAAAGAGGAAUUUGAUCAGUUGGCAGAUCCUCGCCUUGAGAAGAACUAUGUUGACAAUGAGAUGUUUCGGAUGAUUGAGGCCGCUGCAGCUUGUGUGCGUCACUCAGCUGCAAAGAGACCAGGGAUGGGACAGAUCAUGAGAGCUUUUGAUAGUAUGCUUAUGUCUGAUCUGACAAAUGGGAUGAAGGUUGGUGAAAGUGCAAUAUAUAACUCUGCAGAGCAAUCUGCGCAAAUAAGAUUGUUUCGGAGGAUGGCAUUUGCUAGUCAAGAUUUUAAUUCAGAUUUUUCCAGUCAAGGCAACCAUUACAGUAAAGAGUUAGCUGAUCAUUAUUAGAGGAUAUACUACAGAACAAAAUGGCCUGCUGAAGCAAGUAGAUGAUGAAUCUGUUAAUACAUCAAAGGCAGCUCAGCUGAGGUCUUGAUUAAGUUUUGUAAGUAGGUUCCUUUUACCGCUGGCAUACAUGUAGUCUGCAAUUUUUUCUGUAACUAACAGGAAACUUUUAUUGUCGUCUCCAACCAUUUUUUGAAACUA